CCGACCAGAUUGCCACCCCUCUUUUCGAUUCGACUGACCAACUUGAGGUUUCAUAUCAUGAUUAUGAAAAAGUUGAGUUCCAUUACAAUACAUUCGAAGCGAUUUCUUUUAUCGUAAUUGUUAUGGAAGAAAUUUUGCGCGUUUUACUCCGACAUCUAGAGAGAGAGAGAGAGAGGGAGGGGGGAGAGAGAGUAUGGGAGUAGCAAAGGCGGUGUCCAUCGCUCUUCUUUUUCCUCUCUUCUUGCAUUCUACCCUCACAUCCUCUUCAUCUACCAUCAAUUACAACAAUAACCAGGACAUUCAAGUAUCAGCUGCAGCAAGGUAUGAUGCUUUCCAGACCUCAAGCUUUCCAUAUAGGCAUUUAUUACGACUUGCUUUCAAUAUGCGACGGCAACUUCAGCAAUAUGAGCCCAAUCACGAAGUACAUUGCUCCAGAGAAAGAAGUAGGGCAGCCUGGAAAAUAAUAGAGGAGUACUUGAUGCCCUUUGUUGAGCAAGAGAAGUACCAAAUCUCACAUAAAUGUAGACUUCAUCCUAGUAAUGACAUGUUCAGAGAGCAAGAGCAGCAUAAAACUCAAGUGGAUGUGAAUGAGUGGCGGUGUGGAUUUUGUCAGAAAAUGUUCCAUGCUGAGAACUAUCUUGAUACACAUUUUCAGAACAGGCACCAAAAUCUGCUCAAUGAUACUCAUGACCGAUGCCUAGCUGACCUAUGUGGAGCUUUGCAUUGUGACCUUGUAGAUGAGUCCAAGCAGCGCAAGACCAAAUGCAAUCCGGCCGCAGCAGCCAAGAAUCGACAUCUUUGCCAGAGUCUGGCAGAUACUUGCUUUCCUGUGAAUGAGGGCCACUCAACUAGCCGGCUUCAUGAGUUCUUCUUGCGGCAGUUCUGUGAUGCACACUCCUGUUCUGGGCGACAUAAACCCUUUGCCCGAGGUGGCAGGAAGCGGAGCAGUGUUUUCUACCUUGCCAUAUCCAUACUGACUCUGAUGCUGCUUCCUAUUUUCUAUGGUAUUGUCUAUUUGUACCGAAGAGAAAUGAGAAGCGGUGUACAUGACCUGAAACGCAUAUCGCAAACAGGGAUUGGGCGCAAGACAAAGCCCACAUAGUUGGAUUGAAUGUAUCUUUUCGGGUACUGGUCAUUCUGAGUCUUUCAUACUACUUGAGGGAAGAAGUUUGACAAGAUGUUUUCAAAUUUGAGGAUCAGCAGUGAGGGUGUGGCAUGGCUGUGAAGCGUCUCGACGGUUGGUGUUUACAGCUUCACAUCUUCUCCUCAUUUUAAUUGUGGCUGCAACGAUUGUUGCUCGAUGAUGUGUAUUGUACAUGUUCUCUUCCCAUAUUUCCAUCCUUUAGCUGUAACUCACUGGAUGUGUUUUUAACUCUCUUUAGGGAUACA